AUGGUAACCUCAAAUUAGGUCCUCAAGAGAAUAUUUCAAAAGCACGCUAUUACUGAAAAUCGGUCUAUAAAUGAUAGUAGUUUACUUCUACCUUCUUCCACCACAACAAGACAUACACAAACUCUCAAAUCUUCCCGUCUAGCCUUGACAGAAACAGGCCCUUUCUCCAAAGCUACCUCAUUCUCAAGCUCAAUUUCUCCUUUGGCUAUAAACGAAAGAGCUAACGAUACAUUUGAUUCUGAAGAUCUUUCAUCAACCGAGAGAAAGAACAGAGACAUGAGGAAUACUCCUGUGGUAAAUUCAAAAUAUUUGGACGUUUGAAAAAGAGCGAGGCUUAAAUUGAGAACAAAAUUGCUGAUACAGCAUAUAUGUGCAGAAGUUAAUUUAUAUGGAACAUCUGGAAGUCUAUUCCAUCAGGACUCCAUGAAGACAAAUAUUGAAGCAUUGGUGAAAAAAAGCGAAAACUAUGCUUUACAGAAGAGAAAAGACAAGCAGAUUGAAAAACUCCCACCUCUUAUGUUUGAUCCCGGCAAGCCAGCAAAAACAAUUUGGAAUCUUAUAAUUGUCCUUUUACUUAUAUAUACUGCUACACUGUUGCCUUACAAUAUUUCAUUUAAUGAUAAUUACGAAAACGAGAUUUGGUUCUAUAUUGAUGAUAUUGCGGUAAAUAUUUUAUUUGGGGUGGACAUAAUUUUUACCUGCUUUACAGCUUAUCAUGAUGAGAGUGGGACUUUUAUUACUGAUAGAAGAAAAAUUUUUAUGAGGUAUAUGAGAUCUUGGAUGAUUAUUGAUUGUAUAUCAUGUAUGCCGUUUGGGGUUCUUGCAAAAAGUGCACUCAUAAUUAAAAAUAUGGCGUCUUCGUCUGGGCAUGGCCUCCCGGCCAUGCAGCCUCGACUCAUAUUUUAAUUAUAUCCGGCAAGGUUUUACCAUUUCAGAGAUGGACAGCAAUGCUAGGUAAGCAAUUCUGGUAGCUUUCAGAGCCUAGCCCAAGUCUAUUCUCAGGGGUGGAUUUUUCCUCGUGGGGAAGGAGGGUGCAAGGUUGGAAAGGGAAAGCCCAGCAAAGUCCUCUGGACCAUUCGGGCAACUCCCUAGCGUGAAACUGGGCGUUACGUCCCAGGCUUUGCAUUUUUCCCUUUUUGCCGAUAGCCGACCAGAAAAAUCCAUUUUUUGGGGUUUUUUCGGAAAAGCAACCCAUGUAACAAGCAAGUAGCUCAUCCAUGAGCCGUCGAAGACGUGGACAUUUGCCCUGGAAGCACCCUGGUGAUCAAAGCGAGUUUGUCUCCAGCAGACUGGUGGGCCCGAUGCGACGAAAGGCGAGUGAUAAACCUGGAGUUGUAACCCCGUAGUGGACGUUAAGCGAUAUAAAUUCUAAUGUAAUGUAAUGUAAUGUAAUGCAAAAAGUGCACUCACUAAUCAUUCUAUGAGUGGUUAUAGUAAUCUUCUUAGGCUGCUAAGGCUUCCUAGGCUUUUUAGACUUAUUCAAAUUUCGAGGAUUUUUUCUGAUAGCGUAGGGCAGAAUGAAUUUAUGGAUAAUAUCCAAAAAUUGCUAAGACUAAAGCAAAGUGCAUUAAGGCUCAUAAAGACUUUUGGGGCGAUUUUUUUAAUUAUUCAUAUCAUGGCAUGUUUUUGGUAUAUGUCUUAUGCAUUGGAUAAUUAUAACCCAAAUAGCUGAGUUGUUAGACUUGGGUAUGUAGAUUAUACACAGCCAGCUAAGUAUUCUCUGUCUAUGUACUGAGCAGUAACGACUCUAUGCACAGUUGGUUAUGGUGAUAUAAAUGCAUUAACAGUUUUAGAAAGAUCUUUAGCUAUGGGCUGGAUGAUGUUUGCUUUAUUUUUUAUCUCUUUUACUGUAGGAUCUUUAUCCUCAAUGUUAGCAGGUCUUGAUACUAAAGAAAAACUCCUAAUUUCUAAGCUUGAAAUAAUUGAUGAGUUCGCAAAAGACGUACAUCUCAGCCUUGAUUUAAGACAAAAACUCAGAAAAGCUUUAAAAUAUUCAUCUGAAAACCCAGGAUACUCAUUAAUAGCAAAGCAAAAUAUUCUUAACGAAAUCCCUCGAAACUUAAGAUACGAAAUAUCAAUUGAAAUGCACAGAGGAGCUGCUAAAAGACUGCCUUUCUUCAUUCACCGAGAUGAAGCCUUUGUGUCUUUAGUGGUCCCAUUUUUAAGAGAUAAUUUUUUUGAACAAGGAUCAUUAUUUUAUAGUGAAGGUGAAUAUGCUGACGAAAUAUAUUUUUUACUUAAAGGCCGAGCACAUUAUAUACAAAAAGAUGGCAUUAUUUAUAAGAGUAUUCAAAAAGAUUCGUAUUUUGGAGAUAUUGAAGUACUAAAUCUUCCAUAAUCAUUUGCGAAAUAUUUUAAUUUAAAAUUAUUGUUUAACAAAAAUUACAUUUUAAUAAUUAAUUAAUAAUAUCUAAAACAAAUUAUAUAAAUUAGCGACAAUUUGCAUUAAAAAAAUAGUUAUAGAGAAAAAUAUGUAAGGAGAAAGUAAGAGGUAUAGACAGAAAAUAUACAAUUCAAGCUGGGAUUGAUUGUGAUGUAUUAAUAAUGAAUAAAGAGCUCGUCAGAUUAAUUGAAAAAGAAUUUCCAACAAUUUUUAAACAAAUGCAUGAAAUUGCAGAUGCAAGAGACAGGGCUAAUAUGAAGGCAAAAUUUGAAAUGAAAGAAAUAAUCAAGGCGAAGCGAUCUAACAGCCUGAAUGCGUUAUCUAUGCAAGAAAUCAAAGACUUUGCAGAAAAUAAACAGAAAAAAGCGAUGCAAAUUUCAGAAAGAAACUCAAAAAAGGAUAAAAAAUUUCAGCCAUCUGAAAUGUUUGAAUAUUUAAAAAAUAUUCAAGAUAAAUUAAAUUUAUUAGAAAAUGAGAUGAUUGAGGCAAAAAAUCAUUCUGCAAAAGUAUAUGAUGAUGUAAGAGAAAAACUUUCUAUGCAGCCUAGAAGGAAGCUUUCACCUAUAAGGGUUUCAAGAUUAAUAGCGGAUAAUGAAGGAAAAGAAGAUCUGGAUACUGAUAAGCAGGAGGAGCAGCCCAAGCCGUUUGAUGAAGUUUCUUUUAGUAUGUACAAUUCUUAA